AUGUCUCCGCCGAUAUCGCUGAUAGGAGCCGGUGAAGCUUCGAGCAUGAGACGAAAAGGUGUUUUCGCUUCAGCCCUUAAGGCCGAGGAAACCUUCGCAUCUGAUAUUAGCGAAGAUAUCCAGCUCGAUGUCGUGUUCAAGAGGAUGGUACAACCAAGCGAAGAUGUGAGGGGCAGGAAAACGGGAGCCCAAAGUUACCUUCUAGAAAUUAUAGUCGACGGGACGCAGCCAUCCAGGACUGAACCACAUUCAGGUACGCGUUUCCGGAUAAAACAAAGUGAAGGUGAGAGACGAUCUAGGACGAAGGCGAUGGGAGGCGUGCAUGUCGAGCUGUUCGAUCACCGCAAAAACGCCGUCGAUGGGACGUCCUUGAUUUGGAACUUGUGCUCCACCCAGCCCGCGCAGGAGGCGCUAGGCCAUAUACGGGCUAGCGCUGCUCCCGACCAGCAGGUAUUUAUUGCACGCCGAUCUCAUCCUCUCGUCAAAAAUUUUCCCUCCUAUGUUUUCUUCAAGCAACCGGUGUUCUAUCGCCAGACAGUCUUCGAAAUUCUCAGUGUGCUAGAGCGAAGGAUGCCUCUGCUUGCUCCUGAGCUCGAUGUGAAAUGAACUAGCCAUACAAUGUUUCUUAUCAUCCACUCUGGCUAACCCCUAAGGAAAACUUGAUAACCUUCUAUUCUAACCAAACAGCUUCACCUAGGAAGUCCAAACUAAUAAUUCAUAGGUGAACUUGCAGCUACAGACUUGGGUGGGUAUCGCCACCAACCCAAGCGCGGGUUUCGCUGGAUCCGCAUCACUGAUCAAGUUUUGACUUAUGGGUUAUAACAAUGCAUGUGAUGCGGAGCAAAUGAAAUCCAUGUGAUGUAUUUGCCGCCUGCCCUGGCCUCUCGAAAGGAUGUGUCGUUGAAGACGUGUCGUCUCUUCCCGAGCAUUUAAGUUCAGGCCUUUGGUUUUUUCCGAUACCUUUGUCCAUACCUCAGAAUCUCUGAUGCCUGUUGCACCCUGAGCCUGAGAUUCCAAGUUAGCUUAGCUUUAGAAUCCGAAAACCGAAAACAUGCAAUCAAAUCUAUGUAUAAUAA